AUGAGGCCAAGCAUCCUCUUGCUCCUGUGUGUUGUGGGUCUCAGUCAGGCCGACAGGGAGAAGAUCUUUAAUGGUGCUGAGUGUGUGAAGAACUCACAGCCUUGGCAGGUGGGGCUGUUCCGUGGCAAAUAUCUGCGCUGUGGCGGUGUCCUCGUGGACCGCAAGUGGGUCCUUACAGCUGCUCACUGCAGUGGCAAGUACGUGGUGCGCCUUGGGGAGCACAGCCUCACCAAGCUGGACUGGACAGAGCAACUGAGGCUCACUACCUUCUCCAUGACACACCCCAGCUAUCAGGGUGCCCAUCGGAACCAUGAGCAUGAUCUUCGACUCCUGCGGCUGGGCAUACCGGUCCGCCUGACCCAUGCUGUCCGGCCCCUGGCCCUGCCCACUUCCUGUGCACCUAUGGGGACCAGGUGUCAUAUUUCAGGAUGGGGUACCACAAACAAGCCAUGGGAACCAUUCCCAGACAGGCUCCAAUGCCUCAACCUCUCCAUCGUCUCCAAUGGCACGUGCCAAGCCGUGUUCCCUGGAAGAGUGACGGAGAAUAUGGUGUGUGCAGGUGGUGAAGCCGGGAAGGAUGCCUGCCAGGGUGACUCAGGAGGCCCCCUGGUGUGUGGAGGAGUUCUUCAAGGUCUAGUUUCCUGGGGAUCUGUUGGGCCUUGUGGACAAAAGGGCAUUCCAGGGGUCUAUACCAAGAUCUGCAAAUAUGUGGGCUGGAUCAGAACAGUCAUCAAGAACAACUAA